AUGUCUCAAAAUAGACAUACCACCCGUCGAGCACCAAGAGACAGACCUGAUGACCGUCUUGGAAACCUUAAGCUCCGGAUACCUGUCUUUGGAGGCACUAGCAACCCUGAUGACUAUCUUGAUUGGGAGAAGAAGAUUGAAUUGGUGUUUGACUGCCAAGAUUAUUCGGAAAAGAAGAAGGUGAGGCUUGCUAAACGUUUUGUGCCAAGUUAUUAUGGGAAAGAGGUGCAUCAAAAACUCAGGAGACUUACCCAAGGCACGAGGGGAGUAGAAGAAUACUAUCAGGAGAUGGAAACUCUUAUGCUUAAGGGUGGAGUAGCUGAAUCAGCUGAAGCUACCAUGGCACGUUUCCAGGCUGGGUUGAGCAGAGACAUUCAGGAUCGCAUAGAGAUGUAUGAGUAUGAGGAUAUCUUUGAGUUGUUACACAAGUCCAUCCUUAUAGAGCAACAGCUAAAGAGGAAGAAUCCAACCAAGGGCUCCUAUGGCAACAACUACAAGUCGACCACUACCAAAGAAGAGAAACCAUGGAUAAAGAAGGAAGAUCUCAAAGGAAGUCAGCAGGAUGAUAAGGGAAAAUCAACCACCACGAGAUCCAGAGAUGUGAAGUGUUUCAAUUGUACCAACGUUGCAAGUGAGGCGCUUGUGGAAAAACUUGGGUUGAAGACUGGAAAGCAUCCUAGGCCUUAUCUACUUCAGUGGUUGAAUGAUCAAGGGGAACUGAAGGUGACUGAGCAAGUAAUGGUCCCUAUUACUAUUGGGAGGUACCAAGAUGAGAUUGUUUGUGAUGUCCUACCUAUGGACACAAGUCACAUCCUGCUAGGGAGGCCAUGGCAAUAUGACAAAAAGGUGAUUCAUGAUGGCUUUACUAAUCGCCACUCAUUCACUCACAGAGACAAGAAGAUUGUUCUUGCUCCUCUCUCACCACAGGAAGUACACCAUGAUCAAGUCCAACUCAAACUUAGGAGGAAAGAAGACAAGGACAAGGUACCAACAUCUGAGAAACAAACAAAAGGUAUUCUUCUAAGUGCUAAAUCUAGUGAUCUCCGGAAAGCAGCACACUUGAACCAAUCUAUGAUCUUGUUUGUUUUUAAGGGAGCUUUACUAACUUCUUCUGACAUUGCACCGGAGCUACCGAGUGGUUUUGAGUUCAUAUUACAGGAUUAUGGAGAUGUGUUUCCAGAAGAGAGUCCAAGUGGUUUGCCUCCACUCCGAGGGAUUGAACACCAGAUAGACUUAGUUCCAGGAGCCUCCUUGCCCAACAGACCUGCUUACCGAACUAACCCUGAUGAAACUAAAGAGUUGCAAAGACAAGGAAUCAAAGUUGACGAGGAAAAGGUGAAAGCAAUAAAAGAAUGGCCAAUUCCUACCAGUGUAAGUGAGGUAAGGAGCUUUCAUGGGUUGGCUGGGUUCUACAGGCGUUUUGUUAGGGAUUUCAGCACCAUUGCUGCCCCUCUCACUGAG